UCAGAAAAUAUUUAGAAAUUUUUCGGUUAGGAUUCCACAUACUUAGAUUUUACACGACGCGCAAAACAGUCCACAUUCAGGAUAGUAUAAAAACUGAAUAUUGGUUAUUUGAUUUUUGCGUGCCGCUUUCAUCCUCCUCCUCCACCGUCAGCGAAAGCUCGGUGGUUAGUUCUUCUUCCGCUCCAUCGCUCCGUCCGCCGGAUACCCUUUGCCUUCUUUGCUUUUACAGGAGGAAAGAGGGCAAGGGUGGGUGAAGAUGGAAGCUCAAUCAGAGAAAUUUUCUGUCAAUUUUUUGAUGGGAGGAGCAGCAGCGGUCUUAUCAAAAAGUGCUGCAGCGCCAAUUGAAAGAGUAAAGCUUUUGCUGCAGAAUCAGGGAGAGUUGAUAAAAAGUGGACAGCUAAAAAGGCCUUACACGGGCAUUGGUGACUGCUUUCAGAGAGUUUUGAGAGAGGAUGGUCUUGCCUCCUUCUGGAGGGGUAACCAGGCCAAUGUCAUACGAUACAUCCCAACCCAGGCUUGCAACUUUGCAUUCAAGGGUUACUUCAAAAACUGCUUUGGAUAUUCAAAAGAGAAAGAUGGGUAUAUGAAGUGGUUUGCUGGAAAUGUCGCUUCAGGUAGUGCUGCUGGAGCAACCACCUCAUUAUUCCUUUAUCACUUGGACUAUGCUCGAACUCGGCUGGGCACCGAUGCAAGGGAAUGCCCCAUUAAUGGAAGACGCCAAUACAAGGGACUGAUAGAUGUUUAUCAGAAAACAUUGUCAAGUGAUGGUAUUGUUGGGCUCUACCGUGGAUUUGGGGUUUCAAUUAUAGGAAUAACCAUGUAUCGGGGCAUGUACUUUGGAAUCUAUGACACCCUAAAACCAGUUGUUUUAUCUGGAACCUUACAGGACAAUUUCUUUGCAAGUUUCAUGUUGGGCUGGAGUGUGACCACUAUUUCUGGGGUUUGUGCCUACCCUUUUGAUACACUGCGGAGAAGAAUGAUGCUAACUUCUGGGCAGGAAGUGAAGUACCGUAACGCCCUUCAUGCACUAAGAGAAAUCAUUCGCCUUGAAGGAUUUGCAGCACUUUUCCGAGGAGUUACAGCAAACAUGCUUUAUGGUGUUGCGGGUGCUGGAGUACUUGCUGGAUAUGAUCAGCUGCACAGAAUUGUAUAUAGAUCUAGUUAUAGCUUCGAGUCUCGAAGAGCCUUCAAGUAAAUUAGUUUGUGCAGUAGCCAAACUUCUUAGAACGAAAAAGCUCAGAAGAGAUCACUCUCCGUUCAUAAUGAAGGAAGGAGAAACAAAUAGAGAAAAGCCAAUUUUGGGAGAUGAGACUGACUUCUUAGUGCUGAUUAGAACUUCUUAGUGUGUUCUCUCUGUACAGUUCAAUGUAAAUGUACAUAUAGCUUACAAGCAAGCUAUUUUUCUCACCAUAAUAGGUUAAAUGUGAAUAGUAGCACACCCACCAUAUGUCUGAAUUGAUUCAUUUUGUCAUUAGCACAAACAAAGUUGGCUCUGUUUCUUUGAGGAAAGAUCAAAUGUAUAGAGACAGUUUGUCAAAGUUUUUACAUUCAAGAAUCUACCCUAUUUAGAACAUUGAUUGUGGAUGUGGAAUGUGCAUAACAAAUAACGUAACAAUUUUGUUCUCUCUUGCGAGGCAGCUUUGUAUCUAGGCCAUCAAGACUCGAGAUGCAGAGGCAAGAGUGAGACGAUUGAAGUAUUUUUUGCUAAGCCAGCAGCCAGAAGUCCUUGUGACGCUUUGUGAAGUUCAUAGCUCCUUUGGUCGAGUUCAUUGUUGGUGUUUCCACCUGUUUUGGUUUAUAAAAGAGAGAUAAGUUUUGGUUUAUAUUCACAAUCGAGGAGAAGAAGGGAGAGAUCGAGAAAGCUAAGAAGAUGAACCUUGUUUUGAUGGCUUGGUUACAUGCACAAGUAUGACAGUAUCCUGGCUCUGAACAGUGUGGGAAAGCGCCCAUUGCAGAGCGGCUUUGGCUUCGAGGCUCUUAUCGACCACAACCAUGACUCUGUUAUUCCCGCCUCCGCAUUGAUCAGAUUCUGGCUUUGACCCUUGGCUGUUGAAGCUCAUCUCCUCGCUGUUCUUGCUGGAAAACUCAGGCGCUGCCUUUUCAUCAGCUCGUAUCAGGCUACCGGACUUCUUGUAUGGCUGGAUAGGCGAGCGGGCACAAACGUGAGCCACUGUGCGUCGACUCAUGCAGAAACCUGCUCGCAGCUUAGCUCUCACACCAAUCAUCCUUGGUACUGCACCUCUGGUCUGUGGGA